UCGGCUGCUGACGGUGCUCUUGAGCAUCAAGGUUCACUAAUUAGAGUCACAAGCACGACCCAUUCGAUCGACUCUAAUUCUACAUUCCUUGACAAAUCCACUCUUCUUCCAGAUUCGAUACAUUCACCAGAAAGUGACUCAGCUGGAAGCAACGCCGAAAAUCUGACUCAGUCUGCAUUCAACUCGAUUGAUACUGGUGUGGUUUCCAAUACAGGAACUGGUCUCUCAGCUACUACCUUGAGUGAACUUGAUACGUGGUCUCUAUCACGCGACUUGGAUGCCAAGCCUUGUAUAUCCACUGAAUACGAGGCUGAUAAGGCCAGUGUAUCAAGUCGUGAAAAUCAGCCUUUGCCUGGAAACAAGGAAUUCACUGGAGGGAACUAA